AAGUCACAUAAGCCGACCAAUGUCCAAAGCGGAAAGUCAUCUCUCAAUACCGCAAUCGAGAAGGGGGCCUUCGUCAGUUGUCCGCACCGAUUACCUGAGCCAAGACGAUGAACCGAGUCCUGCCUUUAUGUAUCCCCAUUUACAGAUAUGUGGAGUUGGUGUUUGGCCGAGAUCCCUGUCGUGCCUCUCAUCGAACCAGCACCUCCUGCUCAACGAGAUAUCCUUCGAAAUCCGCGGUGGCGAGAUCAUGGCGAUUAUGGCGACGUCCGAAGAGGAGGGAACCGCGCUGUUAGACGUAGUGGCCGGCGUGAAGGCGCCAGUGAUCGGGAAUGUUAUUUUGAACGGGCAAAACGUUAGGCCGCAGAAUUUAAAAUCGAGGGUGGCUUACGUGCAAAGUGACCCCCAUUUGUGUAAGGACAUGACGGUGAUACAGACUUUAAGGUUCCACUACGAUCUCAAAAAUCCCACGGACAAAUUGGGGUACUUGAAAAUCGAUGCCAUGGAUAGG